CCCGGAAGUGGGUACAAUUCCCAAAGAUGGCGGAGCAAGGUCCGAUGGCCAUCGCGAUGCGGCUCCGGAACCAGCUGCAGUCCGUUUACAAGCUGGACCCGCUGCGGAACGAGGAGAAAGUCAAGUUAAAGAUCAAGGACCUGAAUGAACACAUCGUCUGCUACCUCUGCGCCGGCUACUUCAUAGACGCCACAACCAUCACGGAGUGUUUACACACCUUCUGUAAAAGUUGCAUUGUGAAAUACCUGCAAACCAGCAAAUAUUGUCCAAUGUGCAAUAUCAAGAUCCAUGAAACGCAGCCCUUACUGAACCUCAAACUGGAUCGAGUGAUGCAAGACAUCGUCUACAAACUGGUGCCUGGACUACAAGAAAGUGAAGAUAAGAGAAUAAAGGAGUUUUAUCAGUCGCGAGGGUUGGAGAGAGUUGUCCAGCCUGCUGGCGACAAUGUGUCAGACGCGACGGGUUUACCUUACACGAGCUUCGACCACUCAAAAGCCCACUUCUACAGAUACGACGAACAGGUUUCGCUUUGUUUAGAAAGGCUAAGCUCAUCGCUCGCGGGGAAAGAUAAGACACGGCUCACACUUCAGCAGAAGUUCGUCCGCUGUUCUGUGCGAGCGGAGGUGAGACACUUGCGGAAAGUACUUUGUCACCGGCUAAAUGUGGAAAAAAACCAGGUCCAGAUGUUGUUUAAUAACGAGUCUCUGCCCGAUCACAUGACCAUGAAGAGGUUAUGGCUCUCGCACUGGUUUGGCAAGGCCCAGCCGUUAGUUCUUCACUACACCAUCAAGGACAAAAGGACCAGAUAGGAUUUUGUUUUCAGUUGAAGGAAAGCUGUACAUAUUUUGUACAAUACAUAUUCUAUUUUAAUAGUGUUUGUGUACA